CGCCGGGCCUUGUCACGUGACCCAGACCCCAGCUUCACACGGGGAUGGAGCCGGAAGAGGGGACGCCCUUGUGGCGGCUGCAGAAGCUGCCAGCCGAGCUGGGCCCACAGCUUCUUCACAAAAUAAUUGAUGGCAUUUGUGGCCGAGCUUAUCCUCUCUACCAGGAUUAUCACAGUGUUUGGGAGUCUAAAGAAUGGAUGCAUGUUCUAGAAGAUAUUAUCAGAUUUUUCAAAACAGUAGUUGGUAAAACUUUAUCUGAUGAAGAGAUACUUCAGCAGUUGAAUCAGGUGAACUCAUUUCAUCAAGAAGCAAUCAUGAAAUGCUUGAAAAGUAGGAGAGAGGAGCUCAAGCAGGCUCUGUUAGGAGAAGUCAUUGAUAUUUCCUCGGCACAGCUCCAGGAUUUUGACUGGCAGUUAAAGCUUGCACUUUCCAGUGACAAGAUUGCGACAUUACAAAUGCCACUUUUAAAUCUUCAUCUCGACGUCAAGGAAAAUGGUGAAGUAAAACCGUACUCUGUUGAAAUGAGUAAAGAAGAGCUGCAGAGUCUGAUCAGUUCCUUGGAAGCAGCUAAUAAGGUGGUCCGGCAGUUGAAAUAACCGGAACUGAUGAAUAUCACUGUUGUCCGAUUUCACUGCUACAGCCGAUGUGACAGAAUGAAUUCUGGGCUGAGAAACCCUGCCACGUGUUGGCUGUGACAGCGGUCUGAGAAGCAGCAGUGUGAGAACACAAAGAUCAAAAUCUGUCAGCAUCCCUGAAGAACAGGAAAUUAUAUGGUUGAUAGGAAAUGCAGAAAAUGGAAGAUGAAAAAUCUGCAGAAGCUGUUUAUAUUUUCAUGAUGAUUGUUUCGCCUCAUUUAUUAAAUACUUGCAAGAUCUGCGUA